CCAGGACCCGGGCCGCGUCGCGUCGCUGAGGCCUGAGGAUGACGACCGCGGCGAGGCCGACCUUCGCGCCUGCCAGAGGGGGUCGCGGGAAAGGCGAAGGGGACCUGAGCCAGCUCUCCACGCAGUGCUCCAGCCGCGACCUGCCCUCCCACACGAAGGUAAAAUACCGACAAGCCACUCAGGAUGCCCCUGAGGAGGUUCGCAACCGGGACUGGAGGAGGGAGCUGGAGGAGAGGGCGCGAGCCGCGGCUCGAGAGAAGAACAGAGGCCGGCCAGCUCGGGAACAUACCACCUCCUCGUCAGCGUCAGGGAGGCCUCGGGUAGACCAGAUUCCCGCUGCGAACCUCGACGCGGACGACCCUCUGACAGGUGAGGACGAUGAGGACGAGAGUGAUGACGACACUGCGGCCCUCCUCGCCGAGCUGGAGAAGAUCAAAAAGGAGAGGGCGGAGGAGCAGGCCAGGAAGGAGCAAGAACAAAAAGCUGAAGAAGAAAGGAUUCGAACGGAAAAUACCCUCGGUGGAAACCCGCUCCUGAAUCUGACCGGGCCAGCCCAGCCGCAGGCCAACGUCAAGGUCAAAAGAAGGUGGGACGACGACGUGGUGUUCAAGAACUGCGCCAAGGGCGCCGACGACCAGAAGGACAAGCGGUUCGUGAACGACACGCUGCGCUCCGAGUUCCACAAGAAGUGCAUGGAGAAGUACGUUAAAUAGCGCAGUUUUAUGUGCUUGACGCAAGACUGAGUCGCAGCUCUUCCCCGUUUCUCGGGGUGACGCGUCUCCCCCGCCCCCGUCGUGCCACCCCCUCGCCGUCCCCCAAACUGCCCCCGGCGGCCUGUCCCCGUGUCCACCCUCUGCGUGCGUGUUUCUGGUCGUGUCCCUCGCACCGGGAGGGUCUGCUCGUAAUAAAGCUCUAGUGACCUGUCCCCGUGUCCACCCUCUGCGUGUUUCUGCUCGUGUCCCUCGCACCGGGAGGGUCUGCUCGUAA